AUGGACGGAUUGGUAGGCCUCUUGAAAGUCCGGGUGGUCCGGGGGAUCAACCUUGCCUACCGCGACGCAAGAGGCAGCGAUCCAUAUGUCGUCAUACGACUUGGCAAGAAGAAACUGAAGACAAGCGUGAAGAAGAGAUCUGUCAACCCCAUCUGGCAUGAGGAGCUAACUCUGACCGUCACAAAUCCCAGCCAACCACUCAAGCUUGAGGUGUUCGACAAGGACACAUUCAGCAGAGAUGACCCGAUGGGAGACGCGGAGAUCGACGUCGCGCCAUUGAUGGAGGUGGUGAACAUGAACCCGGAGGAGAUCAAGAACGGCGCCAUCAUCAGGUCCGUGAGGCCGAGCACCAAGAACUGCCUCGCCGACGAGAGCCACGUGUGCUGGAGGAACGGCAAGUUCGUGCAGGACAUGAUCCUCCGGCUCAAGAACGUCGAGAGCGGGGAGAUACAGCUGCAGCUGCAAUGGGUAAACAUUCCUCCUGUUGCAACCAGGUGA